UGUCGUUUAUGUUUCCCGCUGAGGAAGCGAGCGAAGAGUAGUAGGGCACAACUUCGAGGGAAGUCCUGUUAAAUCUCCUGAACACACGCAGAGAUGGACACCGACUCUAUAGACAAUUUGAUCCUGAAGCUCCACGAUGUGGACGCGGUGAAGUUCGGAGAGUACAAGCUGAAGAGCGGCAUGUUGACACCCAUUUACAUCGACCUGAGGGUGCUGGUGUCGCACCCAGCGCUCAUGAACCAGGUGUCAACUCUCAUCUACCAGCGAGUGCAACAAGAAGGGCUACAGUUUGACUCGGUGUGUGGGGUGCCAUACACAGCCCUGCCUCUGGCCACGAUCAUCUGCUCUAGACAUGAACUGCCCAUGCUCAUCAGGCGAAAGGAGGCCAAGGACUAUGGAACCAAGCGUCUGGUGGAGGGCUCAUUUCGUGAGGGGGAUACAUGCCUGAUUAUUGAGGACACAGUGACCAGUGGCUCCAGCAUCCUGGAGACUGCUGAAGUGCUCUACAAAGGUGGACUGAAGGUGACAGAUGCCAUCGUACUCAUGGACCGAGAACAAGGCGGUGUGGAGAUGUUGGCUUCUCAGGGAAUCAAGCUCCAUCCCAUCAUCUCCAUGUUCACGCUGCUCAACGUGCUGCUGGCAGCCAAACGCAUCGACGCUCAAACCGCCCAGAAUGUCCGCAAGUUCAUCUUGGACAAUAACACUUUCAGCCCCAAGGAGGAGAAUGGUAACGGGGUUCCUGCCACCAAGAAACCAUGUAUGGAACAGGACAUGGAGCUGAGCUAUGCAGACAGAGCCGAACUACCAAACAUUCACCCUCUGGCGUCAAAGCUGCUGAAGACCAUGGAGGACAAGCAGUCUAACCUCUGUGUGUCCGCCGAUGUGACGAGCAGCGAGGAGCUUCUUCAGCUGGCGGACUCUCUUGGUCCCAAAAUCUGCAUGCUGAAGACCCAUGUAGACAUCCUCAAGGACUACACAGUGGCCUUCAUCCAGAAACUGCAGGCUCUGGCUGAGAAACACAACUUCCUCAUCUUUGAAGAUCGCAAGUUUGCUGACAUUGGGAACACAGUCAAGCAUCAGUAUGAAGGGGGUUUGUACCAGAUCUCAUCCUGGUCCCACAUAGUGAAUGCUCAUGCGGUGCCAGGGCCCGGGGUUGUGAAGGGUCUGAGUGCUGUAGGAAAGCCACUGGGCCGUGGCUGUUUGCUCAUAGCACAGAUGAGCUCCCAGGGGUCACUGGCUACCGGUGAAUACACAGAGGCUGUGGUGAAGAUGGCAGAGGAGCAGUCAGACUUUGUCAUUGGGUUUAUCUGUGGCUCUAAGGUCACCAAGAGGCCAGAGUUCAUCCACAUGACCCCCGGGGUGCAGUUGCAGGCUGGAGGUGAUGGGCUGGGCCAGCAGUACACCACCCCAGAGGAAGUCCUCUGCAACAAAGGCUCUGAUGUCAUCAUUGUGGGUCGCGGUAUCCUGGAGGCCCCUGAUAGGCUGAAAGCUGCUGAGUCAUACAGAAAGUCAGGCUGGGAGGCUUACACAAAGAGACUGGGCCGCAGUGGCCAAUAGGAGCUCAGGACAGACCUUCAUCACAUGUAAUUGCAAAUUGAACCUACAACUCUAACAAGGACUUCUGUGGAUGACCUUUAAAUAGUUUCUCCUUUAUUCCAGUGUGCACAUAGUUGUAUACAUAGAAACAUAUGUAGACAUGUGCGUCUGUACACCACACUGCCACAUCAAAAUGCACAACCACACAGGUUGCAGGAGGUACCUGGCAGGUGUGGGGAAGUGGUUAAGAUAUGUAACUGUGUUCUUUUGAUUCCCUCCUAUAAAUAAACUGCACAACUUAACCUAAAGUCCAUCUGGCCUAGGUGCUCGUGCAGGUUUAACUGAUUUGGGGAAAGGUUUCUGUGUUUCUUUUAGGUUAAUUAAUUCCUCUUGUUGGAGAUGAGACAUGCAUUACCUACAAUAGCUAUUUUUUUAAUGAGUUCUCUGCUAAACUCCCAAAGACCCCUCAGGAUUUCUUACAGCAGGAAUACAAGGUUCCAGUCAGUGUGGCACAACCAGCAUUCCUAUGCUUUUGCUUAAUUGCUGAAAUACCAGACCAAGAUUUGUAGUAAAAAUUAGAUUGGGUAUGUUUAAUACUUUUUUAUGGUUGUGUAAUAUUUAGAUUGGCAUUUCCAGAACCAAACUGACAGGCACAGAGUAUGUUGCAGUUCAGCUUCACAGUGUCUCAGUAUUAAGUUGACUUUAAACUUGUAUGUACAGAUAGUUCAUUUCAUAGCAAAUGGAACAGCUUGGUCAGUGACACUUGAGUAAUGAAUGAUUGUAUUCAAAUAAUGUUUUGACUGUGGUUCUGACUUAACUAUGCUUUUUUAAAGGGAACUCUUUACAUAAUGAAUUUCAUACAUCAACUUAAAUGUAUUUUGAGAAUAUGACAAAAUGGUGGGCCAUAUGAACAAACCUUUUUCAAGAACUGCAGUUGUUUUUCACUUGUUAAGUACAAGAUGAGGGAAUGCGGAUUGUAGCCAGAUUAGUUAACACAACUGUCUUAAGUCCAACAUCUGCCGUCCAUAUUUAAAAUAUCAAAUACUGAGGUGAGGUAAUAAUUUCCCCAAAGUCAUAUAAAAUUGUUUAUAAUGUAUCAUGAUUCAUUUCUUUCCAGAAUCAGAGUCGAUAAACAAGUUUUGUGAAGACGAGAGAAUUACCUUCAGUUUGUGGCGCCUCCCUUUAAAAACAGACAGAAGUUGAAUUUUGUUUUCAGUGUGUCCUGGAGCCAUGACAGUUGUGCUGUUACUACUCGGCCUGUAGGCAGUAUCAUGGCGUCAUUGUAUCCUUGAGUGUGUUAUCAUAUAUGAUUUAAUGAGUAAAUGUCUUAUCUAACAGAGACCUUGUUUGGUUUUUUCCCUCCAUGUUCUUUCCUGUUGUGACUAGAAGAAAUGCAAUGUGUGUUUUUGUAAAGUGAGACUGAGUACUUCAAUAAAUCAUAUGUUGGAAAACUUUUCA